GACCACAAGCCGCAAGACACAUCUGCAGAAACAUCACCUUCCCGACCGUGCACAUCAAUUUGCGCAUCACUGUCAGAGUCGAACAAUUCCCAAGCACGCCUCCUGAUUUCCUCCGCCAUUUCGCUAACACGGCAUCAUCGGGCUUAGUUUCGUCCACAAACCACCUCCUCGUCUCGCCAAGCAUCCAAAGGCAAGGGAACAAACCAAUCAAACGCGGAGAAGACGAGACGACAGCUCCAGGAUUUCUAGAGCCAAUCCAAGAACUGGGCUUUCUUGGGACAACGGAUCGGCCAUGGCGCCGCCGCCGCCGCCACCGAACGAAGGGGACCUCGCCACGCCGGCCGCGCUGCGGGCGCCGGCGGACGUGAUCUCCCGAGUCUUCUCGCAGCUGGACUGCGUCGACCUCCUCAGCUGCUCCCUCGUCUGCAGGCAGUGGUGCCGCGAUUCUGCGGAGCUACGGGAAGAGUGGAGGAUGGAGUACAUGGACGCCUGGAACCUGCAGGGCCUCAACGUCAAGUCUGAUACCCGAUCGCCAUGCCCAACUUGCUCCAUCAGAAGCCUUCGAACCUGGUGCCCUUGACCUUCAACCAGGCAGGGCACCGGAGUUGCAUUAUCACAAGCAUAUUCAGUGUCAGUGCUACCAGCACAAGACCAAUCUUUAUCAUGUGUACAUACAUGCCUGAUAAACUGUAUUGAAUUUACAGUGUGCAGUUGUACAGUUAUACACUUUAUAUCAUCAGGAAUUAAGAGCGUGGACUGCAAUUGUAGCAA